CCUUUUCUUUUUUCCUCUGUAUUCAUUUUACCUUGAGUAAUUUUUAGGUAUAUUAUUAUUAUCUAAUAUCAUCCUCCCCUCCGUACUUUUGUCAUUUCCUUCCUUUCUUCCUUACUUCCUUCAUUCCUUCCUUCCUUCAUCCUCCCUCCCUUCCUCCCUACCUCCCUACCUCCUCCUCCUCCUCCUCCUCCUCCUCCUCCUUCUCCUCUCCCCCUCCCUUUCAACCACAUAGAGGCAGCGCAAUUGCAGGAUGGAGCCUGAGGAAUCCAUUGCGGUAGCGAAGGUGAAGAAAAAUGAAGAUAAUGAAGAAAAGGACGCUAAAGAGGAAGAUCGGAAGAUGGUGGUGGACUUUGCGGUGAUCCGUGAUGGCUUUAUUCCGGGAGCCAACGGGGAGGUCCCUCUGCAGUCCUACGUCAACGCCUUCACCGAGCUGAACAAGUUCUUCAAGGUUCUCGGACCCCUGUUCCAUUUUGUGAUAUAUGACGUCACCAGAAAGUUAUCGCAACUGAAGGAGAAGUUGGCGGGGGAGACUCGCCAACACUACGUUGACGUGAGGACCAUGCUGGACUACUAGGUGAAGAUGGGCGUGGCGGGAUGUACGUCACCUCCCUCCGGUGCUGUGUCCUUCCUCCAUCUCCACCGGGGAUUUGAGCUCGCGAGUGACUUUAUAGAGGCACUGCUGGAGGAAGAAGAGGAGCCAUCGCUGGGGCAGGUGGCCUCGACGCUGUACAAGGCAACGGUGGGAAGGUUCCAUCCUCCCAUCCUCUCCACGCCCUUCUCCGCUGUGCUGCUGCUGCUGCCUUGUCGUGCCACCGUCA